UCUAAAUCAUCAGCCGGUGACGACAUGCGCCCAAGAUAUAUCGGAUCUUGGCUUUUAAAUUUUACUCAGACAACCUUCCUAUCCUGGCCCGCAUAUGCAAACGAGCGCCGAAUAACUUUCCUUCCUCGGUGCUCAAUUACUCGUAGAUUUCGAGCUGCGCCUCAGAAUGUAUCGUCGCUGCUUACUCCUUCGGCCGCGCGCCCAUGCGUCCUUUUCUAUGUACCUAUAUACAGUUCGAGCGAUGAGACUUUGCGCUCGUUCCUAAUCCGCAGCAUAAAUGCGCGCACGGUUGGCCAUAGAAAUCGUCAUGACAAAAAACGGAUAAACGGGCACUAUCUAAGUAGUUCGCGGUUUAAAUUAAAAGUAACGUGAAAACCCUAUGAUGCGCAUUUUCUUAUAUUCUGGGCCGCCGCUGUUGGUGUCUGCUUGACCGUUUUAUGUUCCCCCUUUUCCUGCUCUUGCCCACCCGGGACUCGGUCUCGUUCACGGCUCGUAAGUAGCCUAACGCACCUGCAUACAAUGGCCAAUGUCAAGACAUCUUGGUUUUUCUUGGUCACUUGCGCCAGCCUGUCUUUGGCUCUCGGGCCUUUGGAGACGAAUUUGACGAGCGCGCUGCCCAUGGUGGACUUGGGAUAUGAAAUCCAUCAGGGUUCUAUCAACACAACUGGCAACUACUACAUAUUCAGUAACAUACCAUACGCGGAGCAGCCAGUCGGCGAGUUGCGCUUCCAGAAGCCUGUUCCUAUAGAAGAUACAGGGCUUCAAACAAACGAAACAAAAAUCGUAAAUAAUGGGUACAAUAUUAAGGUAGCGUGCCCGCAGGCCUACCCGGAAUGGGCCAUCAACCUCACUGCGGUGCGCCGGGAGAUAGACUGGGACACGGCAGCUGUGUCGCUUAAUGGGCAAGCCGGCCAGACAGAGGCGUGUCUAGUCUUAGACGUCUACGUACCGGAGGCCAUUUUCGCGCAAGGUGUCGCCGCUGAAGCCCCGGUCCUAGUAUGGAUCCACGGAGGCGGCUUCACAUUCGGCUCCAAGUCGUUCUACGGCAGCCCCUCGGGGCUGAUCGCCCAAUCGCGGGCUAACGGGGAAGACGGCAUCAUCGUGGUCUCGAUCAACUACCGCCUAGGAAUGUACGGGUGGCUAGCCGGCGACGACGUGACGCCCAACCUAGGGCUGUACGACCAGCGAGUCGCGCUGGAAUGGGUGCAGAAGUAUAUCGGCUUAUUCGGCGGUAGUAAGAGCAAAGUAACCGCCAUGGGAGAAAGCGCGGGCGCUUCGAGCAUCGUCCACCACAUCACCGCCUACGGCGGGAACUUGCCCGCACCGUUCCAGAAGGCGAUUCCGCAGUCGCCGGCUUUUCAGUAUAACAUCGACGUAGCCGCAGGCUACAACUUGACGUUGGCCGUAGCAUCAAAGCAGCUGGGGACUGCGGUUGAGGGGGUAGCGGAUUUGCGCAAGUUGCCGGCUGAAGCACUAUUCGCUAUUAACCAAGCGACGGUCAUGCAAGCCCCAGUCGGGACUUUCGGCUUUGGACCCGGUCUCGAUGGUACGUACGUGACAGACGUGCCGCAAGUCCUCCUUUACAAGGGCAAAUUCGACUCUAGCGUCAACAUCCUCGCAAGCCACACAUCCAACGAAUCCAUCCCCUUCCUCCCGGCCGAAAUCAACACCUCGGCCGACGUCCUAGCAUACAUAAGCGCCAGCGUCCGGCAUGCCGCGAACUCCACCAUCGAGACCCUGCUCACGGACCCGGCCCUGUACCCGGACGUGCUGAACAACAGCGCGCUCUACCCAUGGACGACAGAGUACGGACGCGCGGCACGCUUCACAUCGGACAUCGGGUUCGCGUGCAUGGCGCGGUACCUCGCUUCCGCGAGACGGAACGGGACUGUUUCGAAUCCAAACACGAAAUUCAAUCCCAGUCUCAACGCUAAGAUUGAUACCAACACCAAUACCAACGCUGCGACAUAUGCCUACAUAUUCGCGUACCCGCCAGGCUGGCACGAGACGGACGUGCCGUACGUGUUCUUCGACGGGGACGCUUCGACGCCCGAUAACGGGCACCCCAUCAACGGAACCCUGGCCGCGCAGCUGCAGGAUUACAUCGUGGGGUUUGUGAAGCACGGGGAUCCGAAUGCGGGAUUGGGACACGCCGGGUACAAUAGGAAUAAUACGACUAUGCCGGUGCGGUUCCCGGUUUACGGGGCCGAGGGCAGGGUGCUGGAGUUAGGGUACGAUGGAUUUAGGGAAAGGGUGGACGAUUUAAAGGGGCGAAGAUGCGAGUGGAUACAGAAAGCCAUGGUUGAUGGGAGAAUAUGAAUUAUGUGAUUUUCCUUAUCUUUUUCUAUAAGAUGGUCUUUGUAUACCAGUAUGGAUGCUGGUGUUUCUCAUUAUUCAUUAUCACGUUUAGGGCGAAAGUGAUAGCAUUGCAUAAAUCGGAAUUCUUUUCUCGGUUAAGCAGGAAAAAAUUCCUAAAAGCCGAAAAUUGCCCACU